AUGGCCACCCUCUCCGCCUUGGCUACCACCUGGCCCGACCCCAACUCCGCCGCCGCCUUCCUCUCCGAUCCUACCGAUGACAACCCUACCUCUGUCGUUGACUCCAGCGAUGACAACCACGACCCCCAAUCGCCCCCAAACCCUAACUCUGACCACAACCUCCACAACAACAUUCCCCUCUCCUCCUCGCCCCCGGAGUCUGCCCCUCCGGCGCCCCGCUCGCCUCCGUCACUCUUCCACGUCUGCUUUAACCAAGACCAGGCCUGCUUCGCCGUGGGGACAGACCACGGGUUCCGGAUCUACAACUGCGACCCGUUCCGCGAGCUCUUCCGCCGUGACUUCGACAACGGGGGCGGAAUCGGCGUCGUCGAGAUGCUAUUUCGCUGCAACAUCUUGGCCAUAGUUGGCGGUGGGCCCGACCCUCAGUACCCGACCAAUAAAGUCAUGAUCUGGGACGACCACCAGGGGCGGUGCAUCGGGGAGCUCUCAUUCCGCUCCGUUAUCCGGUCCGUGCGGCUCCGGAGGGACCGAAUCGUCGUCGUUUUAGAGCAGAAGAUAUUCGUGUACAAUUUCGCCGACUUGAAGCUGCUGCACCAGAUUGAGACGAUCGCGAACCCCAAGGGGCUGUGCGCGGUGUCGCAGGUGGCGGGGUCGCUGGUGCUGGUGUGCCCUGGCCUGCAGAAGGGGCAGGUUAGGGUGGAGCAUUACGGGUCGAAGCGGACCAAGUUCAUCAUGGCUCAUGAUUCCAGACUUGCCUGCUUUGCACUCACGCCGGACGGCCAGCUGCUCGCCACCGCCAGCAAUAAAGGGACUCUUGUUCGGAUUUUCAAUACUCUCGACGGAACUUUGCUGCAAGAGGUAAGGAGGGGUGCAGACAGAGCAGAAAUCUAUAGUUUGGCAUUCUCUUCAACUGCCCAGUGGUUAGCAGUCUCAAGUGACAAGGGAACGGUCCAUGUUUUCAACCUCAAGGUUAAUUCUGGAUCCUCAAAUGAGAACCCCCGAAGUGCAUCUGAUCCAAAUCUUGCUGUUUCGUCAUCAAACUCAUCUCUUUCUUUCAUCAGAGGUGUGCUGCCCAAGUAUUUUAGCUCAGAGUGGUCGGUUGCUCAGUUUCGCUUGCUUGAAGGUUCUCAAUACAUUGUUGCGUUUGGUCACCAAAAGAAUACUGUGGUGAUUCUUGGCAUGGAUGGAAGCUUCUAUCGAUGUGAGUUUGACCCGGUGAAUGGAGGUGAGAUGACCCAGCUGGAAUAUCACAACUUUCUAAAGCCCGAAGAAGCCUUUUAA